GUCGGCUGAGCUGCGGCGGCGCAGGAGGGGGCGGGUUGAGCGAGGGCGCGGCCUCAGGGAGGGGGGACGCCCGACACGCAUUCCCGCUCUCUCUUGGGCCACUCAGGAGCCUCGCGGCAGCCCGGUGCCCCACUUGUCCACCCGCUCCGUGCUCUCUCCUCGCGCCCGCCUCCUCUUGUCACCUCCCGUCUCACCCUCCACGCUCCAUCCCAGCCGCAUCCAGCGCCUUCAGACCGCCUCCGAGAGCUGGAGGUGCGGCGCUGGGCUGCAGGGCGCACCCUCAAACGGUCGCCAGAUCGACAUUGAGGGGGCCAGGAGCAGCAGCAUGGACACCAAGCGCUGCUUCGCAAACCGCUUCGAUGACUACCAGGGCAGCCUGCUGGCGGGCCAGUGCGAGGAGGCGGUGGCGCCCUUGGUCACCUCCACCAUCGAGCGCAUCCUUGAGGAGCUGCCCCCGCUGGGGGGUGGCGCUGAGGCCCGAGGGGCGACGGCGGCGGGCAGCGGCUGCCAGGGGGGUCUGUACAGCGGCGUGGCAGGGGUGGCCUACAUGCUCUACCACGUCUCCCAGAGCCCGCUCUUCGCCACGGCCCGAGAGCGCUACUUGCGCUCAGCCAAGCGCCUCAUCGACGCGUGCUCCCGCUCCGAGGAGUGGGGCGAACCGGACGCCGACACCCGAGCCGCCUUCCUGCUCGGGGGUGCGGGCGUGCAUGCGGUGGCCACGCUUGUGUACCACGCCCUGGGCCGCUCCGACUACGUGCAGCCACUCAGCAAGUUCCGGGCUCUCUGCGCCGUCUGCGCGCCAGUCUCCUUCCUGGAGUGCGGCUCGGACGAGCUGUUCGUGGGCCGCGCUGGCUAUCUGUGUGCAGCGCUGGUGCUCAAGCAGAAGCUCGCCCAGGAGGUACUGACUCCAGCACAGAUUAAAUCAAUCUGCCAGGCGAUUCUGGACUCUGGGAAGCAGUAUGCUAUGAAGAAGAGAAAACCAUUCCCCCUAAUGUACUCUUACUAUGGAACUGAGUAUUUGGGGGCAGCUCACGGCCUGUCAUCCAUUCUUCAGAUGCUCCUUUCUUACCAUGAGCACCUUAAGCCCUCGGAUCAAGAGCUGGUGUGGCAGAGCGUGGACUUCCUCAUGGAACAGGAACAGAAUAGCAACUGGCCUCCUGAGCUGGGCGAGACGAUUGAAAGAGAAAAUGAAUUGGUCCACUGGUGCCAUGGAGCUCCAGGAAUUGCUUAUCUGUUUGCCAAAGCUUAUCUCAUUUCCAAGAAACCACAGUACCUGGACACAUGUAUCCGGUGUGGGGAACUCACAUGGCAGAAAGGCCUGCUGAAGAAGGGGCCUGGGAUUUGUCAUGGUGUAGCCGGCAGUGCCUAUGUGUUCCUUCUGCUGUACCGCCUUACAGGAAACUCGAAAUACAUCUACCGUGCCCAAAGGUUUGCUCAGUUCUUAUUUACUGAAGAAUUCAAAGCUGGUUCGCGGGUCCUUGAAAGCAUAUACAGCUUGUACGAAGGUUUCUCCGGGACUGUUUGCUUUCUAAUUGAUCUGCUGCAGCCCAAUCAGGCUGAAUUCCCUCUCUUCAGUGUCUUUGUUUAAAAGGCUCCAUCACCCAUUGUAACCCUGCAGAGGUCCCCUGAGAUUUCCUGAGCCUCCUCUAGGCAGUUUCUCCAUAAGCCACAUCCAAUGGUAUCACAACCAUGAGCCUUAACAUCACCGCCAGAAGGAUGAGAGCAUGCUGAUGAAGACAGCAUAAUACCGAACUGGAGAGAGAAGCUGCAAAACGAAGGUGCCCCAACUCACCAAAAAUGUUUUAGGGGAGAGAUCUAAAACUGGCGAUUAGAGAAGAAAAGGAAAGAAAAACGAUCAUUUUUUUUCAGUUCAUGAACUAGAAGACAAAACUGAACUGGGAGCGCUGGAGAUAAAAUGCUAAUACUUUCAAAGUUGGAGAGCCAGUUUGACCAGCUGUGUGUGCCGUCCACCUCUAAAUUCAGAAAUUAAGACAAUCAGAAACUAAUUCUGCCCUGCUAAAAACUGUCAGCAAAGAUCAAGUAUCAAGAUGAAGGGCAUGAAGGAGACCCUUGUUUAUCCUAGACCUUUACUUAUUGAAAUUCACAAUUUUUACUAAAUGGAGAUAUUUGCAUAUGUAUCAUUUUUUUCAUUUGCUAUCCUGGGCGCUUUAGAAACAUCAUAACUUAUUUUAAACAUUGAAUUUUGAAGCUGCCUUAGGCCUUAGAAUAUCUCUUUUCCCGGUUCCUUUUCCUUUCCUAGAGCUCAAUUAGAAUUCAGGGCAAGAAGGGGUGUAGCUUAGUGGCAGGGCCUAAGCUUAGUGGCUUAGGAGUGUAGCUUGUCUAGCAUGUACGAGGCCCUAGGUUUCAUCCCUAGCACCAAAAUCAAAAGUAAAAAAAAAAAAAAAGGAAAGCUAUAGCUAGCAAAUACUGCUGUGUUACUGUCACGCGUUGUCUUUGAAGUGUGACCUAUGUAUUGUCUGUGUUAGCGUUCAAACACCCUUACCUUUGUCAUCUCUAUGAGGCUAUUAGAUUGUAAAAUAUGCUCUUGGUGAAAAUUUCUCAUCUCAAAAAUCAGGGUGACUAUCAUAAAAGACAAGUCAUUUCUACGUUUGGUGGAACUGUGUCGCUUGGGAGAAAGAGGCACAGGCUGAGGAAAAUAUAAGUGGCUAUGGAAAGAAUUUUGCUCAGUUUUAUACUCUUAGAUUAAGAGUACAGUGAACUCCCUGGCUUGUCACCACAUCUUCCAAAUCAUAAAAUAUGCUAGAUAUUGGCUAUCAUACCAAUUGAGUCCAGUUAUAUCAAACUUACUUACGCUAUAAACACAAGUUAUGAAAAUGCUUCAAGUAGAUAACGGAUUACAGAAUGCUAUAGAAGCAACUGUCACUUCAAUAUAUAAACGUGAGUUUAUGUCAGUCUUGUAACCACUGUCAAUUUCAGUAAUCACAUUAAGUCUGAAAUUGCACUGUGUAAGACUUAAUUAUCUCAAUAGUCACUAGAUAUUUGGAUAUGUAUGUGCAUAUACGUACAUUUGAAUAUGUUACACCUUUUCCCCAUAAAUCAAAACACUAGUCAAAUUAGUUCUUAAUUUGAAUUGUAGAUAGAUUUUGGGAAGAGGAGUUAGGUAAUACUCUGCUGCCUAGAAACAUUUCUGUGUGUGUGUACGCUGGUGUGUGCAGAUUUAUGCACCAUUGGGUUAGUGAAGGUUUGUGUGCAUGUUGUGUGUGUGAAGCUAUUUUGGAAAAGAUGACCUCUUGUACCCAUAGGAUUUUAAAAGAAUCUUACCAAAGAAAAUUAGAAUUGUCUUUGUACAUUUUAUGAUUCUUUGUAUGUUGGCACUCAUCAAUACACACAAGGACAGAAUAAUUUUGCAAAGCAUACACCAUUUUGGGUUAUUGUUCCAUUUUGCACAUCUUCAGAUUUCAGUAUAAAUAAAAUUGGCUUCAAUUGUCA